UGAGGCACUGGAGUCCAGAUGUGAACAUUUAGUGUCGUCAUGUCCAAUACUAAACGACAAAGUUCGUGGCAAGAAGACAUUGCUAGAAACUUUUCGAGACUGUUUUUAAGAAGCAAAUCCCAGGAGCCUCAGAACACAGGGAGCGAUGGAAGCGAUAUCAGAUGUCAAAGACGACGAAUCCAACAGCCCUAGCAGUGAACUUCAAGAGGAGGACGCACAGCAGAAAGUUGUUCUGGAGUUAUCAAAGGCGCUGUUCCACGGCUCUGAAGGGGAGAGACGAGAGGCAGCGGAAGUGGGAGGAGGAGGAGAGGAGGAGGAGGAGAAGGCGGAGGAGGGAGAGGGCGGCGGCGCGCUGGACGAUGCGGGAGGGUCUCCUUCGCGGCUGGCCUCCGCCUCGCCCCCCCGCUCCCCGGCCGCCGCGGGGCCCAGCACGCCCCCCACUCCUCUGGAUGCCUUCUUCAGAAAGCUGGGGAGCCUGUUCCACUUGUCCUCCAGGCUGGAGGAGGAGGAGGCUCCGGCGGACCCAGACGCCCCGGGAACGGCGCGCGCUUCGGAGGGGAGCGCGGACGCCGCCGAGCCUUCUGGGAAGCCGGACUGCCUGCUUCGGGAGGGGUGUGAGACGGGCAGGGGGAGGGGCAGCCAGGAGGGGGAGUCUACGGAGCAGAACCGCACGCUGCCGCCCCGCUUGGCUGAGUCCGGCUCGCCGCUCGCAGGGAGACCGGCACAGAGCGCUGAGGAGUGCGGACAGAUUGACCUCCGGGGACCACAGCACCCAGUCCUGAAUGAAGAGGCUGGUGAGGACUGCAAUGUAGGCGAACAGGGCAGUGUGGCAGACACCGAUCCGACCGUGGAGGAAGCUGCAGAUGAACAACGGCGCCGUCUGGCCCUCUCCUGUCCCCCCACCAUCACCUAUGGGACAUACCGAGGCUCGAGGGAGAUCAGAAAGAUGAGGAGGAGGAACCGGGUGCAGGUGGACUCUCCCAUUUCGGAGGGGGAGGAGCACCUACACAGUGGGAGCAGUGCCACCGGGCUCUCGUCUCCAGGAAAACAUGCUCAGGGAGUGGCUGUUUUGGAAGAAGAACAGCUCGGGACCUUGGCGGGGGAUCCUGUCGUCGUGACUUUUGCCAGUCUGGGACCUGGCAGCAAUGUAACGAUACCGUCGGAGAACGACGUGAGCCAAAGUGCCUUACCCCUCGAGCGGGAGCCAGGCCUGGCUCACGCACCAGCCCAGACCACAGACCCUUGUCUUGGAGAGGUUUCAGGAAUGCUCUCCCUGUCUGCUGCUGAGAAGGACUCCUCUGAUAAGCAAACUGCCACUGCAGAGGGGGAUGGUGAAGGGGAGCUCUCAGAGGAGAAAACGUCACAGGAGACAGCUGAGGCUGUCGCUGGGGAGAUGAAAUUGGCGCACGAACGGGCAGAAACCCUAUCUGCGCGAGAGGGCUCGACAGGGUCACCUUCAAAGGCUAGCGAUGCUGCUGCCCUGUCUCAUGCCCACGGCGGCCAGUGUGACCUGCAUCAUAUUUCACUGUCAGGUACACAGGGGGACGAGGACGGUGAGGACCCUGUGCCAGCAGACCAGGGGACGGGUGCUCCGGAAUGUUCUCUAGCCGCUAGUGAAAGCUGGUUUUUAGCACCCGAGACAGGAUUGUUAGAGUGCGGGGAACCGGAUGAGGAGGCCUUGUGGGCCGAGUCCAGGCAGAUGGUUGAUAGCAUCCUGAGAAAUGCCCUUGCAGCUCUCCAUAAUAUUGAAAGCUGUGAACGGCACGAAAAGGAGGACAAGGAGGCAAUUAGCCCCAUUCGACUGGAUGAACAAAUCAACGGAAUGUGGACACCAGGGAAGCAACAGGAGGGGUUUUUGAGUGAAUCUGCAGAUGCUGGCUACUUGCCUGUCUCAGUGGAGCAGAAUGUAGGUUCAAAUGAAGCCCGACUAGACAAGAGCAGGUCCACUCUCUCCUCGGGACCUGAGUCAAUCUUUGAUUUAGACACGGACAGCAGAAAUAAUCCUGGACCUAACUCAAAGCUGGGUCCCAUUGGUGUUUCAAUCAGGAUUUCAGAUCAGAGGCAUGGCGAACAGCAUUCUGUAGAUGGAUUACAUGUCUUGCAUCCACCACACCUCAGUGAAGUGUAUUCAGGUGACCAAAAUGGCUGUCACAGUGAGGAAGCUCAUCCACAGUCAAAAUAUAAUAUCAAGCCUGUCUUAUUAAUUAUGGGGGACAGUGACAAAGACAUUGACAGCAGUUUUAUAGAGGCAAUAUCAACAGAAACCAGUGGAGAAGCAAUAAACAAAGCUCUCCAUUUAGCCAAAGAUAGAACUGAAAGCAAUAGCAAUAGUCACAAUUUAACCAGUAGUUACAAGGAAAUCCUGCCAACUGAAAAACAGGUGAAAGUAUAUGGUGACCUUGACAUCUUAAAUGUUGACCUUGAAACAUCUAUUCAACUCAAUGGUGUAAAAGAUGAAAGCUGUCUCUCUAUGCAACUUGCAAGAAAAACAAAGGACAGCAUAGCUUUUCAAAGGGACACACAAAGUGAAGACUCUUUCCAACCUAGUGAACUUGUUACAUGGAAAUGUAAAAACCUCAAUGAGCUUCACAUCCCGUCAACUGCUUUGGAAUCUUCUCAAAGCUCAGAGGAAACACCAAUUGUAAAUCCACAGACAAAGACUGAGGCACUAAUGGACCAUACAAGUAAAAAUGAAAUCCUGCAGGACCAUGGAGCAGCAGACCCUAAAAGCUCUGAUAAGAUCUACCCGAUAGACCGAAACGAUUUGCGUGACGAGGAGAAAAGUGUGGAGGACCACAGCUUUGCUUUGGUGGAGAGUUAUUUGGUGACCGUCAUUGAGGAUGAGUCAGAACUGGGUGACGAAGAGGAUGCCUCCUUGUGUGACCGUCCGGGAAGCGAAGGUGAUGAUGGUAAACGGGAAGUCCCAGAGGACCCGGAGAGGCACGAGAGCCCCUCGAGUAGUGCCCGGCGUGCUGACGAUGAUGACUCGCAGCAGUGGACUGCGGCGAAAGCCUAUCGGUGUCAUGUCAUUUCGGAUGACAGCCAAGGCUCCGACGCACAGGGAGAACUCGCAGGGACGAGCUUUUGUGAUCUGAGCGGCAGGACGUCCGGCCUGUUUUCCACAGGCAGGAGGACGCAUCUGGAACUAUCUCUUCAUGCCAACAGGGGCGAGCUGUCGGGCCCCCACCAUCACAGGUUCCCCGAGCUGGACUUUCACGAGUGUGAGGGGGGCUUCGCCAUCAUAAACGAGGAGGAGGAGGGCGAAGCCGUGUUCGUGAAUGACACUGGGACGAUGCUCAGCCCCACGGUGAGACGGGGCAAGGUCUACCCUUUCUCACUCUCCCCUAUUUUUGAGGAGGAGAGCGGCAGGGAGGACGCAUGCUCGGAAGAUCUCCAGGAUGUGCCGGUGACGCAGGACGACCUGAGGAGUGUGGAGCAGCAGGCCUCCUCCAUCCUGUCCCUCCUGCAGUCUGUCAGUGAGCGCCUGCAGUCGAGUGCCUUCACUGACCCGUACCAGGACUCCUCGGACGAGCUCUCCCCCACACUCCACCAGCCCCCGUGGGGGUGCCUCUCGGACCAAGCGGAUGAGGACGUGUGCUCGACCGGUGAUGAUCUCAACAAACUGUCCAACACACAAACCGACAAUUGGGAGGGGUCCCCAGACCGCCAGGACUUUGAUGAAGCCAGGUCCUUCAGCGAGGUGAAUAGGCCCUCUGGGGAAAUGCAGGUGGCCGUUCCAACACCACCCCAGGGGGAAUUAAUUAUAUCUUCAUCUCAAUAUGAUUCCAAAACCGUCUCAAAGUCCCCAUUUUAUGAGUAUUUGAAGAAUGCGCGGUAUCAGUCGACUCAGCCUGAUGUGGAAAAUAAUCGGCCUGCUUCUAAUAGCAACCUGUGCCAAGGUGAUGGAGGCUCAUCGGCUCCAAUGCUCACGAGAAUUAUUGAUAAAAGAUUUGAAAAAGUCCCAAGGCCCACACAGAUGCAUAUCUACGAUGGCGUGACCUUCUCUGGGGAAAAGUGGGAGAUAAACGUGGACUUGGAUGAUGCGACCGGGAUGACCUUCCCCCACGGGGCGUCUGUCCGAGUGCUGAGAGGAUGUUGGCUUCUGUACCGGGACCCGGGAUUCAGGGGACCGUGCGUGGUCCUGGAGGAGGGCGACAAGGUCCUUUCCCAGGAUGGAGGCCUUUCCUGGCUGGGAGAGAGCCCAAGUACUGUCACAAUUGGAUCCAUUAAAAGAGCAGUGAAGGAUGACAGCCCUCCAGAGAUCUUGGUCCAUACGCGGGAGAAGGAGGAGAACCUCAGCACGGCGGUUGACAACCUGGAAAUGAACGGAUCUGUGAGCCUGUCUUCCAUCUCUGUCAGGGCUGGAUGCUGGGUGGCCUACGACUGCCCUGGAUUCAGCGGGAACUACGCGGUACUGGAACCCGGAGGCUCCAUCUCGCCCGGCCCGCACGGACAGUCAGUGACCUGCGUGAGGUCACUGCGUCCCCUGAAGAUGGGUGGGCUGAAAGUACGGAGGCCCUUAGACCCCAAGAUGGUGGUGUAUGAGCUGCCGUGCUUUGGCGGCCAGAGCAGAGAAAUCCUGGGCAACACGCCGCUCCUGGAGGCCAAGCCAGGCCCGCGAGGGGCCGCAUCCAUAAGGGUCACAGGCGGAGUUUGGGUGGGCUACUCUGACGAAGGCUACAGAGGGCAGCAGUAUUUGCUGGAGGAGGGUGACUACCUGGAAUGUCUGGAACGGGGAGGGGCCGAUCAGACGCUCCUCUCCUUUCGUUUCCUCCAGGCGGAUUUCAUAGAGCCCUCAAUCUCCCUGCAAAGCGACAUGGACUCACUGCAGGCUACAGUAACGGACAUAGUGGAUUUGGACAUCCCGGAUCUGGAGCAGGCUGGAUUUGCAGGGAGAACCAGCUCCAUCUGUGUGAACAGCGGAGUGUGGGUGGCAUACAGUGAGCGGUCCUUCUGUGGGAAGCAGUAUGUCCUGGAAAAAGGCACAUACCCAGGCGAUCUGGACUGGGGUGGCACUACCGGCACCCUGGCCUCCAUGAGGGCUGUCCGUAUGGAACUUUCUGGCAGGGAAGAGCCAAAAUUUCUGCUCCGAGCCUAUAGCCAGCCUCACUACCAGGGCGACAGCCAGGAGUACGACGGAGAGGCUCCCGACUGCACCUCCUUCUUUCCCAUGUCCUUCAGGGUGAUCUGGGGAAACUGGCUGCUGUUCGAUGAGGAGGCCUGUACUGGAAACCAGUUUGUGUUAGGAGAGGGACUUUACCCUGACCUCAUUUCCUGUGGCUGUGUGGCAACAUCCGUCAAGUCUCUGAAGCCCAUUUCAUAUAGUUUCUCGGAUCCGUCGGUCAGCCUCUAUUCCUUGGAUUCAUUUCAAGGCCUGGAGACCGUUGCCUUGACACCCAGAGACUCCAUGAACGACUUCUUCACUCAGUCGCUCCGAGUCAACAGUGGGCUGUGGGUUGUGUACGAGUAUAGCUACUUUAAAGGACGUCAGAAGCUCUUACACCCUGGAGAGGUCCCUGCAUGGGCUGAUCACAGUGGCUGGGACAGCAUUGGCUCUUUGUAUCCGCUGAAACAGCCCAAGGUGUACAUUCAGGUGAGAAGCCGGACUUUGGGGUCCGUGCUUACGGCUGAGUUUGCACAGCAUGAUGCACCACCGGCCAACGUGUCUCUCAGCCCCGCCCGUGGCCUGGACAGCCAGUGUUGGGUCUUCAGUGGGGGCCUCUUGAAAUGCAAGGCCAGCAAGGCGUGCCUGUCCUUAAUCGGAGGGAAGGCCGUGUCGGGGGCCCAUGUAGCCCUGUGGUCCGAACAUGGGCGUACCAACCAGAAAUGGAGCCUAAAUGACAACGGGAAGAUCUCCUCUCACCUCAGCCACAAACUUGUGCUGGACAUCAAAGGCGGGACUGGCUUCAACAAAGACCACUUGGUUGUCAGUGAGUUCACAGCUGAUCAGGAUACGCAGUACUGGGACUUCGAGAUAGUUUAGAGGCCUGUGCACCCAGGAGUGGCAUAAACAAGCAGGAGGGACCAACCUGAGGAGGCAGAUGGGGCCCCCAGCGGUCAGCUGGGUCCCCAAGGGCCCACAGCAGCUGGGCUGAGGACCGCCAAGGGAAUCUUAGAGCCGCCUGGGCGGAAGAAGUGCCCGUCUGUAAGCUGGGUUUGAGGGGAAGCAGUGGCAUUGUUGUUAAAUUGCUCCUCUCUCCUCUGUUAUUAAUCUCAGGUUCUGGAAACCGUAUGGACACAUUUUAGAGCAAGAUAAAAAGGCAAUGACCACAACAACAAAACGAAAAUAAAAACCUAUUUAUUCUGCUGAAGGAAAGAGGUCACUGUGCCACCAAGAUCUGAUCUUGACCUUAAGAGACUGAGAAAUCGGAUAGCCAAAGCAAAUCUGAGUGCCAACACUCAACCGCAGGAUGUGUAAUGGCAAUCAAGUGUAUUUAUCACAAGUACCUUUAAAAAUAACAUGGCAUCUCAUCCACUCACUUUUCCAAGUGAGGUAAAUAACUGUUUUAAGUAUUGCUUAUUUUUAUUCUUUCUGUAAAAUUUUCAGAAGCGAAUUUGCACUACCAGGAACCACAAUGUUCACUUGAAAGGGUGGCUGCCUUAGUGAGUCUACAGAAUCUGUAAUGUCUCAAGUCAGCAGUCAGUGCUGAUUCUGAAUAAAUCCCACAGUAUUUUUCAGCUCUUUUUCAAGUAUAUGCAGGAUGUUACUAGUGAAGGUUAUGUUCAGAAGCACCUAGCAGACCUGGUCAAAAUUCACUUUUUGUUAGCCUAAGACGUUAUCUCCCUGGCAAGUGGCGUGUACAAUAGGGCGGGUUUUUCACAGGAAAAAGGUAAUUUCACUGGAUGAAAAACACUAAUAUUCAGGAACAUAGAUGUAUGGGGAAUAUUUUGAAGCAACUGAUGUCUAGAUUUUAAAUGGUUAAUGUACAGUAAGCAUAAACUGUUGAUAUGUAAUUAAGAGCACUGUUUUUAAGAUUAUAAUAUUAAAGAGUAAAUAUUGUUUAGGAAACGUGUGAUUGACAGCACUAUGACUCGGAGGACACUACUAUGACUGCCAGUGUUAACAACGCUAUUACUUUGAUAGCCAUACAAAUUACUGUAUGUGUGUACACUGAAUGCAGGUAUACAUAAAAAUUAGACAUACUUGCAUUAAACGUGUGUGUUUUCCGAUAUAAAGAAUAUGUAUAAUAAAUAAAGUUAGUUAAUACCAUGAAA